AUGGCUCAUAGCACUAGUGAAUUCAACAAGUCGUCAACGAAAAUCGUAGAAACACAUUCCGAGACCGGUGUGCAGGCAGUCAGAGCAGGUGAUGCGGGUGUUUCAGCCUUUCUUCGAACUGUCGAGAGAAUCCGAGAUGACCUCGCAGAAUUGGAACGUCUCCUCAAAGUGGACUCUGUUAAGACACACCUCAACGGUACACCGGACAAAUUGCCGUACAUAGAAAAUGUUGCAAAAAAUACUAAAGCCGCUCUGAAGGAGGUGGAAGUCUUGAUAGAGCGGGAGGGAGCGAAUCAAACAGCCAAUACGUCAGUCGGAGAUUGCUCUCGCAAGAUGUCCGAUGGAAUUGUUGAAUUAAUGAGCCACCGGUUCGAGAUAUCAGUAUGUCAUCAAGCUUUAUUGACCGCACUCGCAUUUCUCAAUCCUUUGGAAAAGCCUCUGGUAAAUCUCGGAACCAAGCCUCCAGUAAAUCGCAGGACUAAACCUUCUAAUCUUCCAAACAAGAAGUCUUUAGACCAGAAGUGGGAUUUGGUUAUAGAACAAUUAUCUACCUCAACGCUUCUGACAUCCCGGCGUUCAGGCGGGCUAUCGAUAUGUGUCAGUAAUCCCUCACCAACUGGACCAGGAACUCCUUCGAUACCAUCCACCCAACCAACUUCCCCAAAAAUGCUUCUGCCACCGGCAACCCCUCCACUCCAAGAACCUCCCGAUCUUGGACAGUCUUCAUCACCAAGCAUUCCGCCACGACCAAUUAUCAGUGAUUCAAAAUGUCCGCCAACUCGUUCGCCGCCAGCAGUUUCGUCAAAGGAACAUCUUAUUGUUCCUAUGACUAUGUCUGAACAGAAACGAAGAGAUCUAAAAGAGAUGCUGGAGCUAAUGGGAAGACUUGAUCAAUAA